GGGGGGGGGGGCAGGUGCCCCGUAUGCCUCCUCUGCUCAUGCUAUUACCCAAGGCCACAUAAGAAAGCCAAAAUGCUGCCCUUAUUUAGCACCACAUUAGGUGGAUGUUUGAUGGCAUUCGCUCAAGUUCGCCCUCCGCCAGUUGCAAUUAACGCCAAAAUGCAGCAUUUCUGGGCUGUUUGUGGGAUGAGGAAUCCAUGUGCAGUACAGCUUCUCAGCCUUGUCUGGUUGAUCGGUAACGAGAAAGGACAGUAGGAACAAACCUCGGGGUCACUAGACUAGUCAAGAAGCUGUAAGAUAAUUAAAAGCCUCGCAAAAAAGCCAAUUAACGUCUGCUCUGCAUUCAAGCGCCGUCCGGAGCGGUCCCGCACGGCUGUGCCGAUGAUAUAUGUUUUUUCUUCCACCUCAACGCCGACGUUACAAGCCAGUGCCCAUGAAUGUGUGUCUGCUGAAACGGGCACCCACUAGUAUUUGCCUCACGGGAAUACAGUAUGAAUAUACCCUGCCCGGUGCAAAGCGGGAACAAAAAAGGUUCUGCUUUUUCUAUUUUCCUCGUUUUAUUUAUUCGCCGGUCAUGAUUUGGAGGCCAAACCGGGGAAUAUGGUAGCUACGGUUAGCGGCAAACACGAAUUAAAUAGACAGACACCAGAGACCGUUGACAUUUAGUGAUAGUUCUGUUGUUCUGGUUGUGGGACCUAACUUGUGCGGGUCUUACCAAUAUUUGGGUAACGAUGAGCAUAGAAACCAUUGACGGACAGGAGGUGAUCGUGGUAGUAACAUCUCCGUCGCCGACUUUUGGUAUUGAUGACGGUGUGGCCACAGAAGAGUCUACUGAGCCUGCCACUAAGAAGCGCGCAAGGGGCAAGGCACAGGUAUGGGAUGAACUGUGUACAGUUCCUUCAAAUGAAGCUCUCACCCAGUGGUUUAAGGAAAGUGGUGAGUAAUAACGACCCCCGAUAGGUGCGGUUUGUUUGUUUAUGAUGUUUGUUAUUUCACGAUGCGGGCUGCAAUGCUCGCAGAACAGUCAAGAACUUGUAAAAGGUAUAAUUAGUUGUGAUGGCUAUUGACUGGUGGGGCAAGUUGCUGACUUGAGUUUGAUUAAGAUAGCUCAGCUCAUGUCAGGCUGGUUUGGAUCUGAUCUGAUUUGAUUAAGUCAGAUGGGAUCAUGUUAAGUCAUGUCAGCUCUGACCAGGAUUGGGUGUUAAUAGUCACACUCAGCUGCUGAGGCUUUAUGGCAUUGGCUGCCUCUCACCCUGGCAAGUACUGCAUGGCACACAUAGUGGGGAGUCAAACCUGUACCUCUGCCCCUAUAUACCUGUAGGUCAUGCAUCCAGAAUGCUUUCCCUGGAUGAUGAUAUGGGAUGGUAUAACAAUAUUUGCAUAUAACACCAUAAGCAUGAUGCAUAAUAUUGCUCUAUUUGCAAAAUUGUAUCAAAGUAUUAAUUUUCAAACCCUAAUGAAUUUGAACUUGAAAGGCCAAAUUCCCAAGUGCACAUGCUUUAAAACAUAUUUGAUGACUGCAUUUGGCACUUUACAUGCUUGGUCAUCAUGUUAGGGCCUGCAACCUGCUAGGAGUGAGGCAUCACCUUGCUUGUACAUGUUACUGCUGAGCAUUGGGAAGAAUGUAGAUGUUUCUUAUAAUUCUUGUAACACAUUUUUUUUCUAACUAUAGACCCCUUGGAGAUACCAACCUUGACAGCUUUCUUUUGUCAUCACAGAGACAGCAAGUGGCUACAAAUGGUGCAGGAGACGAACCUCAUACACAUCUCGGGGUGCCAAAGAGUACUUUCAGUGCACUGGUGCUGGAUGCCUGGUGCAACUGGAAGCCCUGUAUGAGAGCUCCAGUGAGAACAUUAUCAUCUCCACCAAUGGCAAAGAGCACCAGCAUGAGGAGCGAUCCCAUUCUGGCUGGGGUCUUUCAGAGGAAACCAAAAGCGAGGCGACCCGGCUGUUCCGGGCUGGCAUCACCAAGGCGCCGGUGAUGGACUCCGAACUGCGCCAGCUGGGCUUCACGGGCUUCACGGCCCGCCAGCUGACCAGCUUCCUGGCGCGCCUGCGCCGACAGACGCGCGACGAGUCCGUCCUCGAGGAGUACUCGGAGCUGAGCGUCUGGUCCAGCGGCGGACGGAACUCCCCGGACGGCGCUGCGUCCCCGCCCCCCAAGAGACCCGCCAUCAGGAUAGUGGCCAAGAGUCCCCCGGAGCCCGCUGAGCCGCCGACAAUGGACGAGGCUGCUAUCGCCCAGCUGGUGGCCAGCAGCCUGGAGGCGCGCGAGCAGGCGUACUGCGCCUACAGCCAGUUCGCCGUGGGCGCGGCGCUGCUCUGCGCCGACGGCCAUGUCGUCACCGGCUGCAACGUCGAGAACGCCUCGUACGGCCUGACCAACUGCGCCGAGCGCACGGCCGUGUUCCGCGCCGUGGCCGAGGGCCGCCGCCGGUUCUCGGCCGUCGCCAUCGCUGCCGAGAUGGGCGACGUGUUCGUCGGCCCGUGCGGCGCCUGCAGACAGGUGCUGGCCGAAUUCAAUCCGGAGAUGCCGGUGAUACUGGCGAAACCGGACGGCCAGACCAAGAGGACCAGUAUGAAAGAACUGCUGCCGAUGCCGUUCCUCCCGAAGGACGUUCCUUUCAAGAAGUGACGCUCGCGCGCGAUGUGAGGAAACAUGGCCCCCGAUGGUCUUCAGGCGGCGUGCCUGUGGUGCGCCGCUGUUUCCGCGUCCGCUCUGCCUGUGAUGUGGCGCAGCGUGGGAGGGGCCUCAUCCUGGUGACAGCGAGCGCAGGGGGAACCCCGCGCCGGAAUCUCGGCGGUCUCCGCGUCACGCAUCUGUAAAUACAACUGCCGCUAACGGCGCCACAGUC